GAGAGAGAGAGAGAGAGAGAGGAGCCUUUCAAUUCAAUUUUUCAAUUUCAAGAACUACCCCACCCCCCUCAAAAGAAAAUCAAAAAUUAUUUUCCAAAAGCCAGAGAGAGAGUGAGAGAGAGAAAGAUAGAGAGAGAGAGAGAGAGAGAGAGCACUUGGAAAACUUGAAGAUCAUUCAACAUUCAGACCCAUUUAAACAAUCUCUCAGAUCUUUUGCUGAUUUUAUGGCCUUUUGAAUUCCUUCUCCCAAAUGCUCUGAAAGGUGAAUAAGUAUGAUGGCUGCUGACGGUACUAUCGUUCACAUGUCUGAGUGUGCCGUGGAGUAUGAAAACGGAGCUUCCAAUGGCAGUUUGGGCAUUGAAGAAUUAAGUGCUAAUCUUGAAGAUGCUGUGAAGCCGACCGAUCAGUCCGUCAAAGAAGAUCUUUCUUUGCCACCAGAAAGCCAUUCGAACACCACACCCAUGGAAAUUGUUGUUAAAGAGUCGAGCGAUUCUAAAAAUUUGAAACCACAAAAGGGUAUUACAGCCAAGGUCAAGAAUGGGAAAUCUCCAACUCCCAAACAAGGUGCAUCGACAGGGUUGACCAAGGUCAAAGAUGGCAAAGAGGUGUCGAAAUCUUCGGUUGCUUCAAAUGGAAAAACUUCUGCUCUCAAAACAAGAAGUAAAUCGUUCAACGAGAAGCAAGCUGCUGACAGCCCAAAAGUAACCUCUGUCCAAAAUAAUCAUAGUAUUCCUAAAGCCAAGCAGCAGGAUGAGACACCGUCUCCAAAGAGUGGAGCUUCGCCGGAAGAACUCCCGGAGGAGUCAAAACUGAAGGCCCUUAAGAAAGGCUCGUCUGUUACCUCCGAGUCUUCUCUAAGUCCUACUUCUGCAGAUUCCAAGCAACGGAAACUGGGCAAUCUUCCGACUUAUGGUUUCAGUUUUAAAUGCAAUGAAAGGGCUGAGAAAAGACGAGAAUUCUAUUCGAAACUCGAGGAAAAGAUUCAUGCGAAGGAAGCAGAGAAGAAUGAUAUGCAAGCCAAGUCGAAGGAAACACAGGAAGCCGAGAUUAAAAUGUUCAGAAAGAGUUUGGCAUUCAAAGCAACACCGAUGCCGACUUUCUAUCAAGAGCCUCCGCCUCCAAAGGUGGAAUUAAAGAAGAUACCUACUACAAGAGCUAAAUCUCCCAAGCUUGGUCGGAAAAAGACUUCUCCAAAUGCUGACUCAGAAGAAAGCGAUGCUAUCAUCGCUCGUCCAAGUAGGCUGAGUUUGGACGAGAAAAUAUCACAUAAUAACCACCUUGACAAAGCACCACCACCUGUUGCACAUGUUAAAAAGCCGAUGAGAAAGUCUCUUCCUAAGUUGCCUUCUGAGAAUACAACCUUAUCCAAUGAAAAGAAGAAAGCUCCCCCUCGUAAAAUCACCACUCCCAAGGAAAUAAAAGAUUCUUUGAUUCAGACAAACGAUGAAGCUACUGAAUCUGCUGCUGCUGGUACAGAAAAAACCGAGGCUGGGAUUCAGACAAGCACAGUCAAUGAAGAAGAAACCGGUUUGGUGCGAGUGUGAGUUUGGAAUCGAAUCGCACUGCAACAGGUUGUACAUUUUUUCUCUCUCUAUCUGUCUUAAAAGUUGGCCUUCAGUGCCGUAAAAGUUCAAUCAAGAAACGAAAGCAUGGAGGAAGGCGGUGUAUUAAAGGUUGGCUUGUCAUUUCUAUCCAUUAGGCAACGACGAAAUAUGGUUGGUUUAGAAUGCUUCUUUUUUUAAAGUUUGCUGAAAGUGGUGAAUUUGUUGUCUUAAUUUAUGUGUAUUGUCGACCGAGUCGAAGUGAGAUUUUUGGGGAAAUAUCUGCUGUGAAAUGGUUCGAGAUCUCUUGUUGUAAAAGGAUGUUUGUGGAUGUUAUUCUACUUUUUACAUGUUCAGAUGAACACAAGAUA